UAGGGUGUCGGAUAUCCAAAAAUAAUUUAAUUAAAUAAUAAUUCUGAUUUUGUUUUAAAGUUUUAUAAUGAAAAAAGCAAAAGAGAAGUAUUUUCUGAAAAAUUAAACAAUAAUUUAAUUAUUGAAAAUCCAAAAGAUAAAGCAAUUACUAUUACAAAUGAUUAAAAUGAGCAUGAUAUAGCAAUAAGUUUUUAAAAUGAAGCUGGUAGGCUAGCUUUAUGGUAUAUUUUUAAAUAAACAAAAUAAAUAUAAAUAAAAGGAAAUAAUUAAAAGAUGCAAUAGAUAAUAUUACAUAUUAAUAAUAAGAAGAUGAAUUUAAAAUUUUUAAAAAAUAAUUUGAAGAAAUGGAGGAAGAAGGAGCAAUUAUUUUACCAAUACCAACAAUAUAAAAUCUUAUU